GCUUCCCAUUGGCUUACUUCGCCGCCACUCGGAAAAAGUAAACUACAUUUCCCAGCGUGCCCGUGAAGGUGUCUUGCUUCCGGCCGACGUGUCUUUCAGGAAGAGGAGCGGGUGAGAAGACAGCGACAUGGCGCCUCCGGCCCCCGGCCCGGCGUCCGGCGGCUCCGGGGAGGUGGAUGAGCUGUUCGACGUGAAGAACGCCUUCUACAUCGGCAGCUACCAGCAGUGCAUAAACGAGGCGCAGCGGGUGAAGCUGUCAAGCCCGGAGAGAGACGUGGAGAGGGACGUCUUCCUGUAUAGAGCGUACCUUGCGCAGAGGAAGUUCGGCGUGGUCCUGGACGAGAUCAAGCCCUCCUCGGCCCCCGAGCUCCAGGCCGUGCGCAUGUUCGCUGACUACCUCGCCCACGAGAGCCGGAGGGACAGCAUCGUGGCCGAGCUGGACCGAGAGAUGAGCAGAAGCGUGGACGUGACCAACACUACCUUCCUGCUCAUGGCUGCCUCCGUCUAUCUCCACGACCAGAACCCGGACGCCGCCCUGCGUGCGCUGCACCAGGGGGACAGCCUGGAGUGCAUGGCCAUGACAGUGCAGAUCCUGCUGAAGCUGGACCGCCUGGAUCUUGCCCGGAAAGAACUGAAGAGAAUGCAGGACCUGGACGAGGAUGCCACCCUCACCCAGCUCGCCACCGCCUGGGUCAGCCUGGCCACGGGCGGUGAGAAGCUGCAGGAUGCCUACUACAUCUUCCAGGAGAUGGCUGACAAGUGCUCGCCCACCCUGCUGCUGCUCAAUGGGCAGGCGGCCUGCCAUAUGGCCCAGGGCCGCUGGGAGGCCGCUGAGGGCCUGCUACAGGAGGCGCUAGACAAGGACAGUGGCUACCCGGAGACACUGGUCAACCUCAUCGUCCUGUCCCAGCACCUGGGCAAGCCCCCCGAGGUAAGUGACAAACCGAUACCUGUCCCAGCUGAAGGAUGCCCACAGGUCCCAUCCCUUCAUCAAGGAGUACCAGGCCAAGGAGAACGACUUUGACAGGCUGGUGCUACAGUACGCUCCCAGCGCCUGAGGCUGGCCCAGAGCUGUCAGGACCACGAAGCCAGGACAGAGGCCAGGAGCCCUGCAGCCCUCCCCGCCUGGCACACACCCCACAUCCCCUCUGGGGGCAGGAGCCCGCCCCCAGCACUCCCGUCUGUGAAUAAAUAUCUCAACGCCAGCGUCCCACCUGA